AUGACUGUCCGUAACGGAAACUCACACGCCACCGGCUCGGCUACGAAUGGCUCAUCUAACGGCCAUGCCAAAGAAGCCUUCGUUGAAGGCUCAGUGGCCAUCUCUCCCAAUACUCCAGAAUUGGUUCCGAGUCUGGUUGACCAAGUUGCCUUGUCCGGAUAUGCGUUUAUCUCGGCAGACCCCACGGCCCGAACGGAUCUUCUGGACGCUGCUCGGCAACUGGUUUAUGCUCUCGAGACUCCUCGGGAGGCUAUGAUUCGAUUCUGCUGGUCACAGUCGACAACAUAUGCCUGUCUGGAGACAGCCGUGGACCUUGGCCUGUUCACAAUCCUCUCGAAGGAUGACAAGCCCAAGAAAGCGUCGGAAAUGGCUCAAGCUGCUGGAGCUGACAGCAAGCUUGUUUCUCGUAUCCUGAAGCACCUUUGCGCCGUGGGAGUGAUUCUCGAGACUGGACCUAACGAGUACCGACGUACCGGACUGUCAAUCUCGUUGACGUCGCAGCGAUACAGCGAUGCCUACCCCUGCAUGACUGCCUGUAUUACGAAGGGUAUACUUGCCGUCCCUGCCCAAUUGAAGAAGACUGGCUACCAGAAUCCCGCCAACGGCACCGACUGCGCCUUCCAACUCGGCUUCGACACGCCUCUCCACUUCUUCGACUUUCUCAAGGAGCACCCUGAGGCGGCUAGUCAGUUCAACAACCACAUGUCCGCGUACCGCCAAGGACGUCCCAGCUGGAUGGACAGGGGAUUCUACGAUGUGCCCGCCUUGAUCAACACCAAGCUCGGUGAAGGUGAUGCUCUCCUGGUGGACAUGGGAGGCAGUGUCGGCCACGAUCUCUCCGAAUUCCGCCGCAAAUGGCCCGACGCCCCGGGACGUCUGGUCUUGCAAGAUCUCCCCGAGGUCCUCGAACAGGCCAAGACCAUGUCCCUGCACCCCUCUAUUGAAAUUAUGGAGCACGACUUUUUCACCGAGCAGCCCGUCAAAGGAGCCCGGGCCUACUACAUGCACUCCGUGCUCCAUGACUGGACCGAUGCAGACUGUAAGAAGAUCCUAGAGAACAUUGUUCCCGCCAUGAAGCGUGGCCACAGCAGGAUACUCAUAAAUGAGAAUGUCAUCCCGGACAUGAAUGCCUACUGGGAGACCACCAGUCUGGACAUCAUCAUGAUGGCUGACUUUGCGUCCACGGAGCGCACUGCGGGCGAUUGGCAUGCGCUCGUCGAGUCGGCUGGUUUGAAGAUCAUCAAGAUUUGGACGGCUCAGCGAGGUGUCGAGAGCUUGAUUGAGUGUGAACUGGCUUGA